UAUCUAAACAUUCAUUCAUACUUCAUUCCCCGGUUCGUUCAAAAUGUCAUAGAUUACAAAAACUUUUCUAUCGAAAAUGCCCGAGAUUGUUUGUUGAUUGUAUUAAUUUUAUUGCUACACGUGAGUGGGAAACUGAUAAAAGUGUGAUAAUAAGCUGGUGCAAUUUAAUAUUAAAUUGUUUUGACGGCUAAAGGUAAAUGAAUCUUAUAAUUGUUAUCUACGACAAAGUAUCAUAUUACUUGUGAAGUAAUUUUUACUCUCGAUAUUAUGUCAUAGCUGCUAAUAGAUUGUUUUAUGUAAAAAUCGGCGAGCACAAUGACAAACGCAAAGUAUGUAAUGCCCGUAGUCUUAGGGCUGUCAUUACUGUCCGUUAGCGCAUUUGUAGUCUAUUACGUUUUCAAAAAGGAUGAUGAGGAAGAAGGCGAUAAAAGAGUGAAGACUUCAAGGGUAAAAGUCAUUGAGGUUGAGGUACCCAAAAGCAUUGUUCCUGCUUUGAUCGGCCGCGGAGGUUCCAACAUAAAAGACAUAGAACGAACCACAGGCGCUAAAAUCAACAUGAAGGAGUUUACCGACAAAGAGUUUGGUGUGUGCGUCAUCAGAGGCCGCAGUGAUGCCGCUCAGAUGGCGGAGACCAUCAUACAUGACUUCAUCAGCCAGCAACCUGUUAACGUUGAGGAUAGUAUGAGUGUACCCGCUUGGGCUUGUGGCAGGAUUAUUGGAUCUCAAGGCGAGAACAUAAGUUCGAUAAGCCACCGCAGCGGGGCGAAGAUCAAAAUUUUGCCCAACGGUGACAAAGGAACGGAACGUAAAGUCUCAUUCUGGGGCACCAAGGAGCAGAUCAAAGUGGCUAAGGACCUUAUUGAGAAUUCUGUAGCCCAAGAGAAAUGCCGUCGCGAAAUCGAAGCCACAAAACGCAGUCCUCGUCACGUGCAAUCUUCCUCCAAGUCACCGUCGCCUACGCCAUCUGUGACUGCUAGCGACAACAACGACGACUCUGCAGGUGAACAACACAAGCAUGUCAGAUAUAAGCGUUCCGAGAAUAGAGGUGCCCCAAUAGAGGUUUACGUGUCAGCCGUGUCGUCUCCCUCGAGGUUCUGGGUGCAAUUUGUGGGACCUCAAGUGACGCAACUGGACUCCUUGGUCGAAGAGAUGACUGAGUAUUACGGGAAGAAGGAGAAUAGAGAAGCUCAUGCGUUAGCACACGUGUCGGUAGGACAAGUGGUGGCGGCGGUGUUCCGGCACGACGGACGCUGGUACCGCGCAAGGGUGCAUGAUAUUAGAGCUAACGAGUUUGAUGCUACGCAACAGGUAGCGGACGUGUUCUUCCUAGACUACGGUGACAGCGAGUACGUGGCCACGCACGAGCUGUGUGAGCUACGAGCUGACUUGCUGCGGCUAAGAUUCCAGGCGAUGGAAUGCUUCUUAGCAGGCGUCCGUCCGGCGACGUCGGCUGACACCCCGCGUGACCGCUGGCAUCCACAAGCUAUCGAACGGUUUGAGGAACUCACACAGGUGGCGAGAUGGAAGCCAUUGAUGUCCAAAACGUGCACGUACAAGAAGACCGCCACCGCUGAGGGUGAGAAAGAGAGGGAAAUACCCGGGAUCAAGCUGUUCGACAAUACUGACGAGGGUGAGCUAGACAUAGGCGCGACGCUGAUCGCAGAAGGUUGGGCGGAGCACGGGCCGGGGGACCGGCCCUCGCCCACGCAGCACCGCCCGCCCUUCGGGGACCUCGGCAACUCACGGGUGUUGGGCAUGUUAGAGGGGGGGCGAUGCUCCUCCGUGCCCAAGGACCACAGGGAUACUCCCGACGUCAAGGAGAAGACGGCUGAAGGCGCUGAUAAAGAUAACGAACGAAUGACAACAUCGAAAUCACUCGGCUCGGGCCUCGAAACGGGCGACAAACCCCUUUCCAUAUCGAAUUUCGACCUUUCCUACCCCGACAACUCACUCUCCAAAGCCAUUAAUGGCUCCCACGAAAACUUCUUACACAUUGAAAAACAAAAUUUAGACAAAGAAGGCAAUAUCGAUAAAGGAUCUAUCGAUACUUUAGUGCCUCCUGUCCCUUCCACCCCUAUUUUAGCGAAAUCACCUCUAGAUGAAUUCAAAGCUAAUAUGAACAGAAUAGAUUCACAUCAUAAUUUAGAGUUUUUAGCGAGAACGCAACAUGAAAAUAAUAAUAAGUAAUUUUUAGUUUUUCUUUUUUUUUAGUUUAUUUUUUUGUUGUUUUUUUUGAAAGUCGUGACGAUGAUUAUUGAGAUUAAAAUGUACAUGUAAUACAUAAAACCUAUAGAAAAAAAUAGACAACUGAUAUUUUGAGUGUAAAAAGUCAGCACACUUGCUUUAAUCAGUCAAUUGUAAGUUUUUCUAAGUACUUAAAAUAUUUAUAGGUAUGUGCAUUACCAGUGAAUUUGAACACAUUUGUCGUUGCGACUUUCUAGAAAUAUGUAUGUCUGGAGUUAAAGUAAUAAUAUUACUGUUGUAUUAAAAGUUAUUUAAGUGCAAACUCUGAUUAUGAUAUUUCAUAGUUCUACGUCCAUUUUCAAAUCAUUAUCUAGUACCCAAUAUGUGAUAUUGAGUCUCAUAAUAUAUUAAAAUUUUUAUUUUGUGUAUUUGAUACAAACUUUUCUCUAGCACUUAAAAAGUAAAUUGCCACUUAAAAUAACUUCCAAUUUUUAUAACCUUUUUCUAAAAUAAAACUGUAUAGAGGUACCGAAUGUGAGCACUUGACAGCUGACAGUUUUCAAGGAAUAGAGCGUCAGCGUUUGUCAAUUGCCCCAAAAAAAAAAAACGGUCCGGGUAUAAAGUUUCUGUACUAUGCGUAUAAAAAGCUUUAAUUUAUGUACAAAAGGUGAAAUGAGGUUUUAAUGCAAGGUUGUGUAUUUUCAACGCUACUUCUUUCUAUAUUGACUAUAGAGCAAAGUAGUUGUUUUUUUCUGUUUCUUUUUUUUUCAAAGUUUAAGUAGUUGCAACGUUCCUAUUUUGUCACAAUAGAAAUGUUUACUACUUUGUUUUUUAUAAACAUUUUCGGAAAAUAGUAUGAAUGCUGAAUGAUCCCGACAUACCCUAAUGAAAUAUUACAUAGGACGUCAUUAGGGUCAUAGAACGUUUAUGGAGCAUGUUAUAUUAUUUUAUUCUCCUACAUUUUACCUAGUCUAGGCCUAAUUUGAGAUUGGAUUGUACUUUAAGCGUACGAAAAAAAAAUGACACUUUUAACCACGUAGUACUCGGUCAUUAGCUUAAUUCUCUUGAUAAAUAUCAUUUGAAAUGAAAAGGUUGAUUUUUAUUAUUCUGUCUAAAAUAUUACACCUGCAGAGAUCAGGUUACUGGAAUAAUAUUCACAGAAAAAAAAACAGGCCUACUUAUAAAGUUUAUUUAAGUUUUAGUGACUAUGUAUUAGCUUAAUUAAUGCUGUUAUGGACUUAUUUUGGACUUUCAAAAUGUAUGUGGGUUUUUCGGCCCACAUAGAAAUAAACAAAACUGGGUAUGUUGUUUUUAUUUCCUUAAUUAACAAGAAGUAAACAGGAGUGUUUGAAAUGUAUUUCUACUGUAUUAAGUACUUAUAGCCAUGUAUUCUAAUUUCUACCAAUCCAUGUUGCCAGCUCAAAAUAUGCAGUAUUUUUUGUUCGUUUAAUUUCGGAGCUGAUUUCAUAAACUUGUUAAUUUUCGUUUGGAAAUGUUACAUACAUGUAUGUUUCUGUGAUUGUAAAUAACAUAAGCUUAACGUAGGCUCUAACUGCCGCUUAGUAGUAAGUUAUGUAUUUCUAUGUCGCUUAAACCAUUUUAGUUAUUUUGCCUGCAUUUUGUCACAUACAUCUUAGGGUGGCUUGCACCAUUUCAAUAUAACGAUAACCGAACCAUUUUCAAUUAAUCAAAUGACCUAUAUGACCAAUGGACGGCAAGUAUACGGCUGGUUAUGGUUUGGUUAUCAUUGUAGUUAAAUGGUGCAACCCACCCUUAACGUUUCAUCGUAUGUUAAUAUAGAUUCAGUGUAUAAAGUAAAUUAUAAUUUUCAAUAUUUAAAAUAAUACAUGUACUAGUUAUUCAAGCACCUUAACAGUUACUCCGGUACUUAUGAUAUUUAUUUUUGGAAAGAUUCUGUAUACAAAUGUGUAUAAUGUAUAUUCUUGUUUCUAAGAACGAUUUGUUUGUAAUUGAGAAUAUUUGUUCUUUUAGCAAAAGCAAACUUGUUUAGUGUCGAAAGAUACUGUUUUUCAAAAUCAUGUCUUUUGCAAUAAAAACUAGGUCUGUAUAAAUAGGUUGUAUUCCGAGGCUAUAAUAUCCACCUAUAUUUUUUUUAAAUCUCACCUUAACUAGCGGCCAUUUUGAUUAGACUUCAUAGACAAGUGUCGGAAUGAUUAAUCUUACAGUAAAAUAAAGCAAAAAUAAUAGAUAUUAAAGAGCAUAAUGUUCAUCAAUCUGUCUUAUUAAACAAUGCUAUAGAUAAAUAUGGACAAUAAAGGUUAGUAAUAGAAAAGUUUCCUCAAGACGAUUGGCCAAUAUCGGUUCAAUUAAAUAUAUGUGUAUGUGUCGAUACUUAAAUACAGAUGUUCAGAAAUAUGUUUAUUUUUAAUUGUUCAGAGAACAAUUUAGAGGCAGUAAAUGGUGGGGUAAUGGUGCUAACCGAGCUUAGUUGAAUGGUUCUGACUUCAUAGCAAGGGUUCAUAUCCUAUUGAGUCGAUAAGGAACCUUACUAUAUUUUUACUUUUAUUUGUUAACAAGCUGAGCUGCCAACUGAUCAAAAUGUAACUUUUAAUUUAAUAUUUCGGUCUAUGGUAUUUAUUACACAAACGUGCUCAAUUAUUUUUUUCAAAAUUUUGUUUUGAUUCGUGGAAGUGUGACCAAUCACAACUCAUAGGUUUCAUAACGUCGUAUACGACAGCCAAUCAGAAACGAUAUUUUAAAAUGUAAAAUUACUAUUGGUAGGAACUGAGAUUUCUAAUGGUGCCAUACCAUUCUAGUACAAACCUGCGUUACGCGGGAAAAGUAUUGUUUUCUAGUUAUCUUUUCGAAUUAAAUUGUUAUAUUAUAGCUUUGGUUUUAUUAUUAGUUGUCUAUUUGUAUAGACUUUUGUUAAAACUCGAAUAUUUUGUAAAAAUGUUGUACUUUUGUAAAUUCCUUUUCAAAUAUAGGUUAUAGAAAUACAUUUGUGGAAGAAAA